CCGGGAACCGCCCCAAAUGGCGUCGGCCGGACAGAGCAUCCUAAAUAUGGCCUUAUUUGACAUUUUUUUUCAAGUUCGAGACCCAAUCUGACCCUUAUCCCAUUUUAGUUUGAAACGAAAUAUCUGAUCCAAAAUCGAAAAUGACACACACAAAAAACAAAAAACAUUUUGCUCUACGAGAUUUAUAUACAUAGGAUUAGAAAGAGAUCACUCACUAGUUUUAAUGGGUGAUUAAUAUAGUUGAUGAUGUAUACUAUUCUCUCUUCUGCCGCAUCGUCAAGCGUAAUGCAUGACUCACAUGGCGAAUAGGUUGGGAAACCAAUUAAGCCAUAUAUAAUAGAUCGAGUCAGGCCUUCAAGUGGAACAUCAUCAGAUCGUACAAAGUAUGCACUAGAAGUUCAAAAAACGAAAAAGUGUUCUUAUGUUCAAGGAAAUCAAAACUAGUAGAAAAAGUUGAAGCAUGGAUCAAACAGGAGGAGGAGGACAUCAUGCAUAUUCUCCCAUCCUCAAAUACAACCUUCAGUGUAUCGUUGGAGCCUUUCUUGUAGCAUGUGUGCUUGUUGCUUAUCACAUGACUUCAGAUAUUGAAGAAGUUCUGAUAGAACAAAAAUUGCACCCACUUAAACGAAAUGUGUCAUCAAUCCCAAAAUGCAAUUUUUUCUCAGGCAAAUGGAUCUAUGACAAUACUUCAUAUCCAUUAUAUAGAGAAAAAGAGUGUACUUUCCUAGUGGAUGAUUUUGCUUGUCAAAAGUUUGGGAGGAAGGACAUUUUGUAUCAACAUUGGAUUUGGAAACCAAAAGAUUGUGAUCUCCCAAGGUUUAAUGCGACUACACUGCUGGAAAAGCUGAGAGGGAAGAGGCUUGUAUUUGUGGGAGAUUCUCUUAACAAGAACCAAUGGAUGUCAAUGGUGUGCCUACUCGAACCCUCUUUAGCUCCUUCUCUUAAAUUUUCCAUAUGGAAGGGCAAUUUGAUAACUUUUGAAGCCAAGGAAUACAAUGCAACAAUAGACUUCUAUUGGUCUCCAUUGUUAGUAGAGUCCAACUGCGAUGAUCCAGCGGACCAUCAUGUAAGAGACCGAAUUGUGAGAAUAAAGGCAAUUGAGAGGCAUGCUAGAUACUGGACAAAUGCAGAUAUACUUGUCUUUAAUUCUUUUAUGUGGUGGCUAGAACCCACCAUGACACUUCUGUGGGGAUCAUUUGAAAGCCCAAAUGCAGUUUAUAAAAAGGUAGAAAUGAAAAAUAGACGUUAUGAAAUGGCAUUAGAGACAUGGUCAGAUUGGUUGGAGUUCAACAUUAACAGAUCAAGAACACAUAUGUUCUUCAUGAGCCUCUCUCCUUACCAUAAAUUGGCAAGAGAUUGGGGGAUGCAAGCGGAUCAAAACUGUUAUAAUGAAACACAACCAAUUUCAAGAUCAGAUUACUGGGGAAGUGCGACAGAUAAAGUGCUUAUGCAAAUUGCAGAAACUGCUAUAAGACGUUUAGAGAGUAAAGGCUUAAAAGUCAAUUAUCUAAACAUAACACAACUUUCUGAUUAUAGAAAAGAUGCACACCCCACUAUCUACAGGAAGCAAUGGCAACCUCCAACACAAGAACAAUUAUUGGACCCAAAGAGCUAUUCAGAUUGUGUGCAUUGGUGCUUACCUGGGGUCCCUGAUGUUUGGAAUCAAAUUCUUUAUGCUUACAUUAUUGAUGAGAUAUAAUGAUUGAUUAAAGUACAUUUCUAUAGGAUUGAACUAGUGCAAUAAGUAUUUAUCACUAUGAGAUAUACAUUUUUUUUGUGCACAUGUUUUUAUCAGCACAUUUUUUUUUCACGUGCAUCAUACAUACAAAAAGUGUACUUAUGACUAUGAAAUA